GAGCUUCGGAUUUUCGUAAUUUUGCAGAAGUCACAAAAUAUGGUCUAUUCCGAUUCGCAGUUUGAGGUUUAUACUUUGGAGGCUAAAAGCACAGCAAAGGUUUCGGUCCUUUGAAAUGGGGUUUGCCCCUGUCUCAUAAAAUCAAGGAUGAUGUAACAAUAUGACCUCAAAGAAAAGGACACUCCCAUCAUGGAUGAAACUCUGUGAAUCAGAGGAAUUGAAAGAAGAAACCAAGUUAACACCUAAAAAGUUGAGAGAGUCGAGGCUUGUAAAGACUGCAGAGAGCUUCAAUAGAAUUUUAAGCGAUUCUUUAAAAGAAGUGUCUUUUACUGGGUCACUAGUUUACUCACACCACAAAUCUGAUUGCAAUCUUUUGUGUGAGGAGAUAGAAUUGGCCCUUUGUGAUGUUACAGGAGCCUUUAUAGGGUUUGACAUGGAAUGGCCUGUCACGUAUUGCCCAGGGCGACAAGAGAAGACGGCUGUGCUACAACUGUGCACUGCAGCUGAUGUUUGUUAUGUUUUCCACUUGUCAUGUAUAGGGAGCCUUCCUUCAGGAAUUCAACAACUCAUCUUAAGUCCAAAGAUUUUGAAAGUGGGUGUGGGAAUUCAAUCUGAUAUGUGGAAAUUGGAACGAGAUUAUGGGUUAUCUGUUGGACCAGUCAUAAAGUCCAGUGUUGUUGAUCUGAGUGAUUAUGCAAACCAGGUACUAAAGGCUAAUGAGAUGUGGAGUUUGGAUGGACUUUUAAGGCAUUUAUUUGGAGAGAAAAUCGACAAAAAUCCUGCCAUUAGAAAAAGUGACUGGUCUGUAUUUCCACUGUCAAAUUUGCAGAAAAGCUACGCAGCCACAGAUGCAUUUGUGUCUUAUCUGAUCUACGACAAAUUGAAUAAAAUAGAUAAAAAAGCUGUCUAAUCAAAAACCAUUAUUAUUGAAAGUUAAUCAUAAACAUGUGACAUAAAUAUCUACAUUAUGUAUUACCUUAAAUGACUUGGCAGUUGUUUAUGUCAAUGCUUAAUAUUUAUCGGCAUGAUUGAUCUGCAGGAAAGUAUACUGAACAAAGAAAGUAAGGAUCAGCAAAUUGUCUGAAACAUAUAUUUACAAGUUCUAGUUCAUGUUAAGAUAUGAAUUUAUAGAAAAAUGUUUACAGAUUCAUUAGUAUGUUUGAUAUUAAACACUUGUUUUAAUCAAUUUAUUAUUUGUGUAUAUUUAAACCUUUGUAAUAAAUUGUUUUAAGCUAAAAUAAAGUUGAUUAUGUGACAA